AUGUUUGCAAAUAAACCGAGCACCAAUAAUUCAGCUUUUGGGAGCGGGUUCACUUUUGGAUCCGGUGCUCAGCAACAGCAGCAGCAGCAACAACAACAGCAACAAACCCAAGCACCGCCAUUGAAUCAACCAACUUUAUCGUUUGGCUCUACAACCCAAACAACAAUCAACCCUCCUACGGCACCAUCACUAAGUAACACAAACAUAGACAUCACUGCUUCGUUAAACACCAAGAAUAGUGGAGAACUUUUGAAAGAAUUACUCGAGUCAGCAAGUAAUUUGCCCAAAGUUGCAGUCUCAAACUCCAAUGCAAAUUUAAAAUCAAUACAUCUCACUUUGGAGGAACUCGAGCGUAAAUCUGACCAAUUGAGGAAAAGAGAAGAGAAAACAAACAAUUUUACAAGAGCCCAUUACCUUUUAGCUGGAAGCGGAGUCGCAACUGGAGACAUUGAAGAUGACUUGAGUCGAAUCCAAGUACCAAAACCCAAAGGUAUAGCAAACUUUCACAACAAUCGUCACCCUCAACCACACCAAAGUAGUGAAUCGUAUGUUUUGCGUGAAGAUAACAUUGAACAGUACUUGAAUAGCAAAAAAGAAGAGAAUAUUCUCAACACAAUUGAGCAAUCUUUUGAAUUAGCUUCAAAAGAUUUCGAUAAUUUCAUUAAUGCAAACAUCUCAAUUGAUUGGAAUAAGAGACGCGAAGAUUUAAAAAAAGCCGUGGGAUUGAAAGAUGAUCAAAAGUUCAAGGAAGAAGCACUCAAGUGCUCCAUUGUAUGGAAAUCCAAAUCUGCAGCAGCUAACAUUUUGACUCCAUUACAUACCAAAGUAAGCAGCUCGCCAUUAGUUCGCCAAUGCUCAAGAGACAAAUUUGAAGACUACGCAAGAGUAGUUUACACCUUGAACGAAGCAAGAUUAAAAGAUAAAGUUUUUCCCCUCUGUUUGAACUUUUUCGAACUUAAUAGAUUACAAGAGGAUCUGAGAUCGAAACAGAUUUGCGAAGCUUGGAAAAUUCUUCAAGGUUUAACAGGGGAAGAAAGUGCCAAAACAACCCAAGAGCAAAAAUUUUUCAAUUUCAAAAAACCAGAGUUGAACAAUGCCAUUCUGCAAAGCAGUAAGAAAUACUUAGAGAAGGAAUACUUCAAGUAUGUUGAACAAGUUUACGCAAAAAGUAGCAACAAACCACAACAGUUUCUUCCUGCUACUAAUAUUAACAAAAUCUCAUUUUUUAUUCAUCACAUCAUCAUUAGAAAUGACCCCGAGGUGCUCAACAAAACGUUAUUGGUGAAUGGCACUCCUAUUUGGGCAUUAAUAUACUUUUUAUUGCGUGCUGGGUUGUAUGAGGAUGCAGCCGAGGUGGUCCUUGGCAAUAGAGAGCUUUUUAACAAGUUUGAUAAUAACUUUCCUACAUACAUCAAAAAGUUUGUCGACAGUUCAUCGCACACAUUGCCUUCUCAAUUGAGUGAUAGGAUACACCAGGAAUUUAACCAGCAGUUCCAAUAUGUCAUGAACGAUCUCGAUCUCAACUUUGAACUGAGUAUAAAUUUCGACCCAUACAAGUACUCCGUCUACAAAAUAAUUGGGAAAUGCGACUUGCACAACAAGUCAGUACCCAAGGCUGUGAACUUGAGUAUUGAGGAUUGGUUGUGGUUCCAUUUUGCUAUUAUCAAUGAAAAUCAUCCAAAUGAAGAAUCUUCCAUCAUAUAUGAAAAUUAUGGGUUGGAUAAUUUGCAAAACAAAAUCAUCCAAUUGGGUUCUAAGCAUUUCUUAUCGGCUUCAAAGACUCCGUUGUAUUUCAAAGUACUUGUAUUGACUGGGUUAUACGAGUUGGCUGUGCAAUAUAGUUAUGAGUCAAUAAAUGAAACCGAUGCUGUCCAUUUGGCAAUUGGUCUUGCUUAUUUUGGUCUUUUGAGAUGUUCAAGUUAUAGUAACAACAACAUAUUGACAAUUUAUGACAACAACUAUGAAAUAAACUACAGUCGUCUUUUGGGGGCCUAUACCACUAGCUUCAAGAUUUCUGACCCCAAAGUUGCUUGUCAAUAUUUGGUUUUGAUUGCAUUGGGGCAAGGAGGUAAACUGAAGGAAGCGGUUUCUGUUUGUCAUGAUGCGUUGAGAGAACUUUUGCUCAUCACAAGAGAGUUUGGUAUACUCAUUGGUGAAGUGAGUCCUACCACUGGAUUAUUGGAGCGUGGUGUAUUGGAGAAACAAAGAAAAUUGAUUGGCUUAGAAGAUAUUGACGCCUUCCACCGUCAAAUAGUCGAAGUUACUGCAGUGAAAUGCGAAGAAGAAGGUCGUAUUUUUGAUGCACUUUUGCUUUACCAGUUAUCGUGCGAUUACGAAACCACAAUCGUGUUGGUGAACAAGCUUCUUGCAGAGUUGAUUGCGACAAGUGAUUUGAAUAAGCCAAUUUUGCAGUUUGGCAAUAGCAAUUUCAUGUCCAGCGGCUUUGGUCCUGGCCUCAGUGAAGUAGAGGAAACGCCAGAGAACAACAUAAUUUUGCUUACAGAGCAAAUAUGGACUUCGUUUUCUAAAAGCAGCAAGAUAUUGAGCAGCAUUACCUCGAGUGUUAGGCAUACAUGCGAGCUCCUUAUGUCUAUCAUUAAGAUAAGAAAUUUGUUUGUUAGAAAAGAAUGGCGAGAAGUAGUCGCUCGUAUUGACAAAUUGGGAUUACUUCCUGCAAACUCCAAAGAUGAUUUGACUAGAGUCAGAGCAUAUAGCGAACUUGUCGAGAACAAUGGUUUGGAUAGCAAUCUUAUCAAAGUAUUACCAAGUUUAUUGAUACUCGUUAUGACAUGUGUCUCCAACAUCAACUACGAUAUAUUGACGCGGAAAUACCAACCAAUAAGUAACGAGAAACAAGAAAUAAAUCACUGGAGAACUAUAGCUAAGAAUUGCAUGAUAUACGCUGGAAUGGUGCAAUACAAAAUGCCUCGAGAAGUUUUCAGUUUGUUGAUCAAUUUGGAAAGCCUGUUGUAG